GAGGAGCAGAGGAUAACUCCAGGGCAGAAAUGUGGAGGCAGCAUUUCACAGGUAUUCGGCCCCAGAUUAUGAAUGGGCCUAUGCACCCGCGCCCCCUGGUGGCGCUGCUGGAUGGGCGCGACUGCACCGUGGAGAUGCCCAUCCUCAAAGACUUGGCCACCGUGGCGUUCUGUGAUGCCCAGUCCACGCAAGAAAUCCACGAAAAGCCAUGAUGUACCACACCAUCACCCUGACCAGAGAGGACCUGGAGAAGUUCAAGGCGCUGCGCAUCAUCAUUCGCAUCGGCAGCGGCUACGACAACAUCGACAUCAAGGCCGCCGGAGAGCUCGGCAUCGCGGUGUGCAAUAUUCCCUCAGCAGCGGUGGAGGAAACGGCAGACUCGACACUUUGUCACGUUCUUAACUUGUACCGGCGAAACACCUGGCUGUACCAGGCUCUCCGGGAGGGCACACGGGUCCAGAGCGUAGAGCAGAUCCGGGAGGUGGCGUCCGGGGCAGCCAGGAUCCGAGGAGAGACGCUUGGCCUCAUUGGGUUUGGACGCACAGGUCAGGCGGUUGCCAUGCGGGCCAAGGCGUUUGGCUUCAACGUGAUCUUCUACGACCCCUACCUCCAGGACGGCUUGGAGCGUUCGCUCGGGGUUCUGAGGGUCUACACGCUUCAGGAUCUGCUCUACCAGAGCGACUGUGUCUCCCUGCACUGCAACCUGAACGAGCACAACCACCACCUCAUCAACGACUUCACCAUCAAACAGAUGCGUCAAGGCGCUUUUCUGGUUAACACUGCACGGGGGGGUCUGGUGGAUGAAAAAGCCUUGGCUCAGGCCUUGAAAGAAGGUAGAAUACGAGGCGCUGCCAUGGACGUCCACGAGUCGGAGCCUUUCAGUUUUUCCCAGGGUCCCCUUAAAGACGCCCCUAACUUGAUCUGCACCCCCCACACCGCUUGGUACAGCGAGCAGGCGUCGCUGGAGAUGAGAGAGGCAGCUGCCACAGAAAUUCGCAGAGCCAUCACUGGUCGUAUCCCUGACAGCCUGCGAAACUGCGUCAAUAAAGAGUUCUUUGUAACUACAGCCCCCUGGGGAAUGAUGGAGCAGCAGCCUCAAGUUCACCCUGAAAUCAACGGUGCAGCGUACAGAUUCCCUCCUGGUGUGAUGGGGAUCGCCCCUGGUGGGCUUGCUGGACCUAUGGAGGGGUUGGUGCCUGGGGGAGUGCCCAUCGCCCACACCCUACCCCUGGGCACCCAUCCGUCACAGGCCAUCUCUCCAAACCAACCGUCCAAACACGGCGACCCCAUGAGGGAGCACAUGACUGAGCCGUAAAGGACUGCUGCUGCAGCCGGGACAUGAAAUCAGUGUAAACUAAGGAACCAACCGAGUCAACCCAUCCAACCAUAAGCUUGACUUCAGCCAUCUGGACCUACCAGCAAACUGCCGGCCGGGCAAUAUUUGACACGCUUUUGUUUUUGUAUGAAACCACAAAGCCUGAGUGAGGACAGCUGACGAUGGGACACGCCUGAUGGGACUGACCAUCAAACUCAAGCGCAAAAAGAGCCGAAACGUCUCCUCCAGUUAUAUUAGUUUUUGUCAUUUACUAAACUAAGUGAUGUUUUUGUUUAUAUCUUUAUCUUCUCAUAUAUAUAUUAGAGAAAUUCCUCUGGACUUCUGGAACAUGUUGCCAAGUGUAGGAUGGAAAACCUGGACCCACUUCCUGCUGGUUUAAAGGACAACCUCUUCUUUUCCCUUCAGCUUCACCCUUUUCUUUAUCCUGUUGUGUAAUUUGGCUUUUUUUUUUUUUUUUUUUUUUUAUUAUUCUUGUUCAUUCUCUUGUUCUGUGUUGUUACAAAUGGAUGUUUGAUUUUUUUCCCCCCUGUCCUUUAGUGUGUAAAAAUGAAUGAAUCUACCGUUACGUUUAGCAGAAUAGAAAGUCUGACUAGUGGCAAAUGCAGCGUCACAAAGAACUCGUUUUUCUGCCCUUUGUCUGUGCAUUGCUCCAGAAUGUAAAGAUGAGAUGUGGGGCAGGAUAUGUGCAAGAAGAUUUGAACUUUUGAGAUAGAAAUGAUCAAUUUAAUCCAAACAGAUAAAACAGUUUUGAGACACAAGCAACAGUUACUGCAGCCUUGCUGAGCCAAGGUAUAAUAUUUGGUUAUUAACAAAGGAUUUACUGUCAGCUUAUAAGGAUCUAAUUUACACAGCAGCAACAUAUUUUUGAGGAAUAAGUGUGUUUAGAAAAAUCAUAAACGGCAAGUUUUUUACUCAGGAAAAAAAAUAAUAUUAAACUGAAAAGACGAAAAGGAAAAAAUAUCGGUAUUACUGCUUUUCUUGUCUUUCUCCAUGGUGGUAUUUUUUUAUAUAUCAGCUGUACAUUUUUUGAUGUUUUUCCACUCCUGUUAUAUUUGUAUGGAUAAAUGUUCACAUUAGUCUUACGUGACCAAGCCUGCCCUACCCCCCACCACAGAUUCUUCUUUGUUUCCCUGCUCUAAUAGGAGCCAGCUGGGGGCUCGAGCAGCGGCCACGUCCGUUCCCCGGCAGCUCCGUAACUUUAGAAAGAAGUGGCUGCUAGCAGAUUGUUUGGUUUUUAGUGUGAGUAUUUGUAUUUGUUUCUUGUAUAAGGUGAUCAUAUAGCAUACAGUGCAGCUGGAACCAAUAAAUAAAACUUACUGUUCUGAUUAUUGA